AUGCCAUUUACUGCAGUUGCACCUCCAAUAUUUGAUGGGAUCAAUUAUCAAGUUUGGGCUGUUAGAAUGGAAGCCUAUCUUGAUGCUAAUGAUCUAUGGGAAGCAGUUGAACAAGUAUAUGAAGUGCCAACUCUGUUAGACAAUCCAACAGUUGCACAAAUAAAAAAUCACAUAAAGAAGAAGCAGAAAACAUCGAAAGCAAAAGCAACUUUGUUUGCAGUAGUCUCACCCACCAUUUUUUACAGAAUAAUGACUCUCAAAACAACAAAGGAAAUCUGGGAUUUUAUGAAAGGAGAAUACGAAGGAAAUGAGAGAAUCAAAGGGAUGCAGGUGCUAAACUUAAUCCGAGAGUUUGAGUUACAAAAGAUGAAAGAAUCAGAAACAAUCAAGGAAUUUUCUAACAAACUUCUUAGCAUUGUUAACAAUGUAAGACUUCUUGGCACUGAUUUUUCUGAUUCUAGAAUUGUUCAAAAAAUUCUAGUAACAAUUCCAGAGAAGUUUGAGACCACAAUCUCAUCUUUAGAAAAUUCUAAAGAUCUGUCAAGCAUUACCUUGGCAGAGUUAUUGAAUGCACUACAAGUACAAGAGCAAAGGAGGCUGAUGAGGCAAGAAAGAACUGUAGAGGGUGCAUUCUUUGUCAAAUCUCAAAACAACCGUGAUGGGCACAUGGAAAAGAUAUGCAAGACUCAACAACAACAAACUGAAGCCAAAGUUGCCGAUGAUCAACAUCAGGAGGAGCAUUUGUUUGUGGUAUCAUGUUUAGCCACAAAUAAAUUCACAGAAAAUUGGCUCAUCGACAGCGGCUGUACAAAUCAUAUGACUCAUGAUGGAAAGCUCUUCACAGAGCUUGAUAGAAAUAUUAUUUCCAAAGUCAAGAUUGGAAAUAGAACUCACUUGAAAGUAGAAGGCAAAGGAAUAGUAGCCAUUGAAACACACUCAGGUUUUAAAUUAAUUUCAGAUGUACUAUAUGUUCCUGAAAUUAAUCAAAACUUGUUAAGUGUUUCCCAGUUGCUGGACAAAGGUUAUAAAGUGUUGUUUGAAGAUAAAAGUUGUGUUAUUGAAGAUGCUGAGGGCAUAGAAGUCUUCAAUAUUCAAAUGAAAGGCAAAAGUUUUGUGCUGGAUUUUAAAGAAGAGCAGGCUGCUGUACACAAGGAAGUCAAUAAUUCAUUGCUUUGGCACAAGAGAAUGUGGCAUUAUCGUUAUGGAGCAUUAUUUUUCAUGGAAAAGAACAACAUGGUGAAAAGCUUGCCCAAAUUAGAAAAAGAUCUGUGCUGCCUAUCAAUAUGGAAAGCUGUCAAGACUUCCAUUUCAACAAAGCAAAGCCUGGAGAGCUACACAGAAGUUGCAACUAAUUCACACUGA